GGGGGUCAAACACAGUAUUAGUAUGGUGUUCCUAAUAAUCCUUUCGGUGAGUGUAUACGUUUACUUUAAAAUGUCUCAGUGGAAAAACUGCUGAAACACGGAAAUGCUCUUGCAGCUUAAUCUCUCACUUUCCUUUGAGUCGCAGUCCCUUAAGCUCUCUGAAACAGAACAGUAAGAUCAGCAGAAGAUGCAACACCAUAAACUCUUCCAUCAUCAAACAAUAUGCCUUUAUUAGACACAUUAUACAUCAGAACAACACAAUAUCACUAUACAGUAUAACUAAAUGGUGAAGGAAUUGAGGAAAUGUGAAAUUGAUGAAAAUGUGAUUGGUACUACAAUAUUCUAAUUUUAGACUUGAAGGGUUUAACUUCCCAGCAUUGACAUGAGCCGGAAACCUCGGUUCAAAUCCAAUUAGUCAAUUAUGCCUGACUGGAAUAGUAAUAGUUGGCUCACUAACAUAUAUAACUGCCAGUUUUGAUAACUACUGUUAACAUUAUAUAAUUGACAUGUUACAAACACAUUUUAUUAUUUAAAAUUAAUUGUCGUUUUUUUUAUUUAAGUCCAUAAGCCAUGCCCCGCGAUAUCAAAGUUCGGCCCUCUGCGACAGAAAGGGGCGGGGCUUGUGGAAUGAGGUAAUCGGAGUAAACAGUAAAGAUGGCGACGUCUGGAGCAGGAGAGAGGUGCUCCAGUCUGAACGGGAUCGUUUCUGAGACAGAAACCAAAACAUUUACAGACCUACCUGCUGAAUUACUCGAGUAUAUCUUAUGCUUCCCUGUCCUCAAGCAUGUCGACAUUUGCAACGUUUCCUGCAGCUGCAAGCGGUUACACGACGUUUGCCACAGCAGGGGGAAGGUUUGGGGACACCAAUACAAACUCAGAUGGCCAAGAUUGCAGAAGCAUUACCGCCAGAACAAGUGUUGCGAUUGGCUGAAAGAAUACAGAACUCGGCACACUGUUGGUCUACAAAUACGAAGAACAGUUGUAUCCAUCUCCAAGAGAUUCUUUACUGAAGUUCCUUGCGUUGGCCAGGUCCUGGGGGACAGCUUUGCUGAGAUCGAAUCCCUUGGGGCCCCUGAGCACUUCUGUGAAGACGAGCUGCUCUCCAUUCUGAACUCAGACAAGAGGAAAAGCCUAACACUGAAAUACUAUGCAAAGAAAAUCCUUUAUUUCCUGCGGCAGCAGAACAUCCUGAGGGGUUUAAAGCUGUUUCUGGAACAGCCCGCGGAACGGCAGUCGGCGCUCGAGGGAGCCGUGCUAGUGGACCAGUAUUGCAACCCAUUGACAGAUGUGUCAUUGGACAGUAUAUCAUCCCAGUUGGAUGAGAUAACUGACAAGGUCAAGAAGAUGCUGCGCAUUAAGAAUCCUUCUCAUCCCAGCUUGAGCCAAUCACAAGGCGACUGCUCUCCUGUGGGAGACUUUGAGCUCCAGAGACAGGUUGUAGCUGCGCUCAAUGUAGUUCUCUAUGAGCAGCUCCAGUACAAAGGCAACGAGUGUGACUACUAUAACCCACUCAACUCAUACAUACACCAGGUGCUGCUUCGCCGGACAGGCAUCCCCAUUAGCCUCUCUGUGCUCUACAUGACUCUGGCCAGGAAACUGGGGGUUCAGCUGGAGCCUGUCAACUUCCCCAAUCACUUCCUGCUGCGCUGGUGCCAACAACAAAGAGGUAGCGAGGACAUCUAUGACUUUGUUUACAUUGAUGCGUUUGGUAAAGGCAAGCAACUGACUGCCAAGGAGUGUGAGUACCUAAUUGGCCACCAGGUUACUGCAGACUACUACAGCGCCAUCAGUACCACAGAAGUGCUGCUAAGGAUGGUGGGAAAUCUGCUCAACAUCGGCAAACGAGGAGAGGGCAACGAGAAAUCCUACCAGCUGCUGAGAGACUCUCUCGACCUCUACCUCACUGUGAACCCAGACAACGUCCAGUACCUUCUUCUACAGGCCAGACUCUACUUCCACCUGGGCAUCUGGCCCGAGAAGGUCUUAGACAUCCUGCAGCACAUCCAGGCCCUGGACCCGUCCCAGCACGGGGCAGUGGGAUACCUGGUGCAGCACACCCUGGAGCACAUCCAGCACAAGAAGCACCCGGUGGAGCCGGAGGUGAAGAGACGCAGCGUCCCGGAGCAUGUGGAGGUGCAGUACAGCAUAGGCCUCAUCAUGAAACACAAGAGGUCCGGCUACAACUGUGUGAUAUACGGCUGGGACCCCAAGUGCACCAUGAGCCAGGAGUGGAUAACCACCAUGAGGGUCCACCAGCUGUCCAGGGGAGCCAACCAGCCCUUUUACAACGUCUUAGUGCAGGACGGAACCUGCCGCUACGCAGCCCAGGAGAACCUGGAGCCUCAUUCAUCCCCUCUGGAGAUUGCCCACCCGGAGGUGGGUCGCUACUUCUCAGAGUUCCACGACAGCCACUACAACGCCAACGAGGAGUUGCAGACACGCUACCCUGAGGACAUGGAAGAGACCCUGGGCACCGUACAGGAUCUGUACCACAGACCGACACCCUCCCCAGGGCAGGCAUCUGGGCACCAGGAGGGUGCCCAGAUCCCCAAUGGCCCCUCCCAGGACCAGAAGCUCCAGGACAGCCAGGAGAACCAGGACGCUGUUCCCCUGUAGCUUAGUGUCCACUACAGCUCAGUCAUGUCCAAACGACCUCCACCACCUAGUCACUUAAUUAUAUCAGGACAUAACGGAUGGGUGUAAACAGCGGCUGAAUUCAAACUAGCUCAUUAUAGUUCUGGGUGGAGCUACUCCUAGGGGGUGUUUUUAAAUGUGGACCAGCCCCUCUGUCUUCAUUUCCAUUACUUGAUGACAUCCUGUCCCUAAACAAUCAGGACAUGUAUUCAAAAAGCAUUUCAGAGUAGGAGAUCUGAUCUGGGAUAAGGGGAUUGCUAUCCAUAUAAUCGUAUGCAUUCUGAUCUAAAAAUGUAUCGCCUAGAAUGCUUCAGUACCUGGGACUGCUGUACCACCACCUGCCAACCGACACCAGUCAAAGCCAAGAUAUCCCUUUUUUCACCACCUCGAACCAUCUUUAGGAAGCCUGAUAAACUUCUCCCCUUCCCUCUGUCUUUCUCUGAACUUCAAAAUCCAUCUCCUUUAGUCAAGAAGAGGUCUUCCCAAACUCGACUAGCUGGUCCUUCUCCCUCCCUCUAACCUCCACAUGAAACACUGAAGAAAAAAAAAAUACAAUAUGAAAAUGAACUUUACAGUAUGAAAAAAUAUGGAAAUAAACUUUACAGUUACAAUAUCUUGUUCCUUCAUCACAUUGUUAUGUUAAAUGAUGCACUUAUGAAAGGACAACUUUCACAUUUCUAGAACGUGUUAUCCCUUUUUUUCUGUAUAUUUACAAGUAAAACAUUGUAGGAUGUUUAAGGGCUCACAGAUGUGUGCUGAGCUGUGUAAAAAUUAAAAAAGACUUGAAAUCGGAAUGAGUCUGAGACUUGAGGAAUUCAAAUAAAUAAAACAUAUUUCAAGGUUAA